AUGACAAGUUUGACCAAAAAUCAGAAGAUCAUUGCCAUCACCCGGAUCAUUGUUGAGUUAUCUCUAUCCAUUGCUAUCACUGUGAACAAUGUAAUUUUGAGUAACAUCGUUGAUUUCGACUACAGUGAUAAGGAUAAGCUGAUGACAGAUAUAUUGCAGUUCCUCACACUUUUGAAAAGUCUGGUUAUAGUCAUCGGUGGAGUAGUUACUGCAGAAGCUUUUAGUAAGUUCACUGAUAACCUGCGCAAGCUACACAAUUGUUUCAAAGACAAUGAGUAUUACGAUAAUGCUUCUAAAAAUCUGAGAGUCAAAUGUUUCGUGGGCUUUAUCAUAUUCACUGUGAUGGGCAUCAUUCUGUUACUGAUCCGAUUGAUCGACUGGUAUUAUUUGGAGACAUAUCUUCUGAGAGAAAUUAUCAUACUUGUGGUCCAUGAGCUGUGGGUAGAUAUUCGCUAUACUUUGGAGCAUUUAGUUGUCUACUGCGCUAUAACGACUACAUACAACUAUUUAAAAUGUUUGAGCAUCGCCGUUAAUGAGGUUUUGAAAAGAUACAAUGAACAAGAUAACACAGAAUCCAGUUCAGAUGGAAACGAAGAGAUUGUUGAUUUACCUAAAAAGGUCAAUUACUGGACGGAAAUGUAUCAAAAUAUCAUGGCGUGCUGUAAAAAUAUUUCUUUAUGUUACCAAGAGUUGCUUUUAUUCUCUGUUGCCGUGGCAAUGGUACAGUGUAUCUAUUCAAUGUAUGGAAUAUUUAAUGCAAUCAUCAAGAAGGAUGUACAACGAAGGCUUGGCACGUCAAAUAUUGUGUAUUCGUUGAUAUAUCACAUGUCAGCAACAAUUACGCUGCUGUUUGCUGGUCAAAAGCUACAGAAUGAAUUCAACAGUUUCAACAAAGCGUUGGCUCUGCUCGCUUGUGAAGUGUCUUCACAUCACGCAAAAUCAGAAACAAGGCAAUUGAAGGACCUAAAUCGCUUAGUUACCACGAAUCCUAUUGUUAUCAAAUUCAGCACCUUCUCCUUGGGAAUGUAUCUCUUUCCUAUGAUGCUGUCUCUUUCUGCCACAUACAUAGUAGUUAUGUUACAGUUCAACCACGUUAUUUAAUUUACUAAUAGGCACCUUAAGUUCCUUAGGUUAUGUGUUUGUUGAUAGGUUGUUAGUAGUUAGUAUUUCGUGUUCCUAGUGUGAUCCA